GUCACUCCGCUGCCUUUACUGUGGGCUGUUCAGUCAGCAUGUUGCUGCGCACCGGCUAAACACAGCGCAGCUCGGUGCUCCUGGUGUAAGUCAGCCCUGCUCUGUCCCGGGAUGCCACUUUACCGUCAGCUGUGAGACAAAGUCCGCGGUGGAACCACGCGGGGACACGUCGCACACUUGCGGCUGGACAUUAAUAGAUGGAGGGACUUGCGCCGCAGCCGCUGUUGACGCCGCACUCAUCUGACUGGUUCACCUCCUCUGCUGGUACACGGGGGAGCGCGCUUGUAAGAUGAUUUGACCCGGGGAUGCGAAAAGCUCUCUGGCAUUAGAAGGUAGUUGGGUGACCGACGAUGCCCCGCUGCUCACUCUUGCACUCCCGGUUAUUGUUUGUGGGGCGGUGGGCGCACGGUACCUGGUUUUCCUCGGUUCAUCCCCAGUAGCUGUACAGCUCCUGUGCCUCCUUGCCGCUUCGCUCCGCUCACCCUCUCGGUGUGGAUAGGAUAAUAUGACUUCCUGGCACCGAACGUACAGCAUCGUCCCUCUGUGUCGCCUGCUCUGCUGCGCGGUGAUCGCUGUCUGUGCGGAAGCCUCCAGCGCCGGUAACAGUGUGUGCUGGUCUCCUAGUAUCACGUCUUGUGCAGAGUGUCUCCAACGUGGACCACAGUGUGCCUGGUGCUUCAAGGAGGACUUUCCAGAUGUGUACUGGCCAAGCCAGCGCUGCGACCUGCCAGUGAACCUGCUCAGAAAAGGCUGUGAGCCAGAGUUCAUGGAGCAGUCAGAGACCAAGGUGGAGGUCAACACCACCAUCAGCAGCACGCAAGUGUCCCCACAAGACAUCAGUAUCACCCUCAGACCAGGUUCAGAGGCCAGCUUCACUGUGGCUGUGAAGCAGCUGGAACGUUAUCCUGUGGAUCUGUACUACCUGGUAGAUGUAUCGGCCUCUAUGAAGGAAAAUCUGGAUCAUCUGAAGACAGUGGGUGUAGCACUGUCUCUUCGCAUGAAGGAGCACUCUUCAGACCUCUGGCUGGGUUUCGGCUCAUUCGUGGACAAACCUGUCUCCCCUUACAUCAGUGUUCAUCCCUCCAAGAUCAACAACCCCUGCAGUGACUAUGAGAUUCAUUGUCGUCCAACGCAUGGCUUCCACCACGUCCUCAGUAUGACCAGGAAUAUGAGCGAGUUCACACGGGUGAUUAAACGACAGCGCAUCUCUGGUAACAUGGACAAUCCUGAGGGAGGGCUGGAUGCUAUGCUGCAAGCUGCUGUCUGCCAGAGGGCGGUGGGUUGGAGACCAGAGGCAAAGCGUCUGUUGCUCCUGAUGACUGACCAGUCAUCCCACCUUGCUCUGGACAGUCGGCUGGCGGGGAUUGUUACACCACAUGAUGGCUUGUGUCACCUGGAGAACAAUGUCUACACAGGGAGCACCAGGCUGGACUAUCCUAGUGUGGGACAGUUGUCUGAUAAGCUGCUCGAAAACUAUAUUUAUUCCAUAUUUGCUGUGGAAAAGCAGCAAUAUCAGUGGUACGAGGAGUUGGUGCACUUGUUACCAGGCUCCUACCUGGGAAAGUUAGGCAUCUUCCAGGCUUCAAAUUUAAUAGACCUGGUGGUGGACGCAUACAAGAGGUUGUUGUCGGAGGUGGCAGUGUUGGUGUCAGUGGAGGACAAGGCAGUCAGCAGGUACUGGGUGUCUGUGUCUCCUGUCUGUCCUGACGGAUCCACUGCUAAAGACCAGAGCUGCUCUGGAGUACAGCCAGACCAGACGGUUUACUUCAACAUCACCAUUGGCCUUCGUACUUGUCCUGACAAUGGUGAAGAUGAAGAUAUAAGAGUGAUGGUUCGCCCUGUAGGUUACAACGAAUCCACCAUCAUUAGGGUUCAGUCUAAAUGUCACUGCCGUUGUGGACCAACAAGACGCUGUCAUGAUGACAACCAGUCAGCUUGCAGAGGGACACAAGAGGAGGAGCAGAGGCCAAAUCGCAGAAUGAUUCAGGCCUCAAACAGAGAUUUAAACUGGAACUGCAGAGCCAAUGGGUCUGAUGUGGACUGCAGUGGUCGUGGGGUGUGUGAGUGCGGGAGGUGUGUGUGUGAGCAGAGCAGGCUUGGGACAGUAUAUGGAAAGUACUGUGAGAUGGAUGACUUCUCCUGUCCGUACCAAGGUGGACUACUGUGUGGAGGGCAUGGGGUGUGUGUGUCAGGUGAGUGUGUGUGCGAGGAAGGCUGGACAGGUGAUAGUUGUGGGUGCCUCGUCUCUACAGCAACCUGCCAAUCAGCCAGCGGCUUGCUUUGCAACGGGCGAGGAAGAUGCAUGUGUGGCAAGUGUGUGUGUGAUGACCCCCGAUACUCUGGAGACUUCUGUGAGAGAUGCCCUGCUUGUCAAAGCACCUGCCAAUCACACUGGGAAUGUGUGGGCUGUCACAUGUCUCACGGUCUCACACCAAAAGAGGCGGAACCAUGCAACAAUACCUGUGCACCACUGGUGGACUACAUGGAUGAUGUAUCAGGCCCAACAGGGGACAUGUGGAUUCAGUGCAUGUACAUCAGUAGUGACAGCUGUCGCUACCACUUUCAGCUCAGCUUGCAUUAUGGUCAGACCCAGCUGCACAUUAGCACAAGACCAGAGUGUGCCAGCAGCAGCCGGCAGGUAGGGACUUUCUUGAGUGUGUGUGCCCUGACAGUGCUGUGCGGGCUGGUGGUGGUCGCAGUGUCCCGGUUGCUUCUACGGAAAAACAGCAGGUCACCAGGGGGUGCUGUUGAUGUUUACCACUGCACUGGAAAGGACCUGUCAUACAUUCCUACAACCAAUGAGAAGACAGUUACCUACAGAAGGGACUAUCCACCUGACCACCCUGUGGAGAUGCACACCGAGGUUUCCAAGAUGCCCUAUGGGGAUCCCUGGCAGUGCUAAGCAAAGGUCAGAAGUCAAGGUCACAAGGAAGGUAACCAGUAGAGACAUAUAGAAGGAAAGCUGGACUAAAAGCUUCUUUUCUGCCCUUUAAUUUUCAUAUUUUUUCGACCAGCCGUAUGUGCACAUUGUGAUGACGGUAAAGUGUGAAACCCCACUGGAAUAAUAUUUAUAAAAUAAACUCAGACUAUGUGACGAAGGUGGCCACCAUCCUGGAAAUUCAGAUGAAACAAAGAGCACAAGUUUGUCACCUCUUCUUCCUCUAUAGCAACAGGGAGGCUACUUCUACAACAGGGUAAUGGGUAUUCAUUCCUUGCUUUUAGCAAUACAGCAAUUACUGCUCUAAAUUAUGGAUGUGUGCGAGUGCAGGUGUGUGCGUCUGUGUGUGUGAGUGGUGUAGGUAAAUAGGUUUAUGCUUUAUCUAGGCUAUUUAUAAUUUUUUUAGUAAACACUACAUGUGAUAAUGUAAUAUUUUUUAGUAAAACGCUACAUGUGAUAAUGUGAUAUUCCAUCUCAUAAACUUUUACAAUCUCCAUCUUUGUCUGCCCCCUUAUGGUCAACUUGUGGUAUGACAUAUUCUCUCAGAUACUACUGUCUACACAUCAUUGACCUCAUCUGCACUGACUUUGGGAUUUAAUUCAUGAAUCACACCAGUGACUCUAUGCCUUUUUUACUUUGUUCCUUGUUUUUCAGUCAUUUGUCAGUCACCUAGUUUUCUAGUGUUUGCAGAUGUUUCUUUGUUGCAUUUUGUUUUUGUUAACUCAUUGACUACAUUAGAAACUUAUGUAAUUUUUCUAUUAUGAUAAGUAAAAACAUAGUUUCAUAUGACUGUCAGUUGGUAAUAAUUGGGUUAGAUUUGCACUUGAACAAUUGUUUUGCAUUAUACUACUGAAAACUACGGGGUCUCUGUGGUGGGAGAGCUGUCAUAGUGGGUCUGAAGUGAUUAGUUUGCUACAGUAUAUGUUGGGCAUUACAAGGCAUCUAUAUGCUGUUGAAGCUAUAUAACAAAACCUGACACUGGAAUACAAAUUCACAUGUAAAAUACAGCCUAAUAGCAACUGUAUCAUCAAAUGCUUGAACAAGUGACAUUUAGUACAGAGGCAGAACUAUGUGCAUGCAUCUGCUGGUCAUCCCAGAGCUACUACUAUCCAGAACUGCAGCUACACUAUGUUUAGACUCUGAGACAACUUCUGGGCAAAGGUACAAAGAAGCUUGAAAGGAACUGAGAUCAGAGGUGGACUUACACUCCCCACAACCCUAAUGCACCAUCCUCUGGAUCCAGAGUGCCAGUUGCCUGGCAUUUUGUGAGCAUCCUGUUCCUUUUCUAACUUUUUUCUUUUUUCUUUAACACAUUGUUGUUUACAACAAUAGCUGGUCUAUUUUAUUAUAAGCCAGGAACACUAAUGAUUAUUUAUUGUGAUUUUAUAAUUUUAUUGUUUUAUUUGAUAUGUUAAUCGUACCAUUAUAUGAUCAGGCUACCUGAGUUACAGGUAGUAAGUACUGUUUGUGUUUAUGAAGACUCGCUCUCCCUAAGCAUGAGAAUACUUCAGCAAUAAAGUAAUCAUCUCAUCUCACCAGGUACUGAGAACAGAGUAACAACAGCACUUUUUUGUGUAGUUAUACUAUUAAUUAAUGUUUUGUAACAUGAAUACUAUCAUCACAAUAAAAUUG